UUACCAAUUCAGCUAUUUCUUGUAAUUUUUGUCUAGCCAACUUCGAAAUAACUUUGAAGGUACAGUAACACCACCAUGACAAGUGAUCACAUUUCUCCAAUCAAGUGUGCUCUGAAAUUCAAGCCUCCCAUGCUUGCUAUUACCUACAAAGACCUAAAUACAGGGAAGACAAGAAGACGGACAAUUCCACUGCGAGGAUUUGUGAGAGUGAAUAAUGUUGAAGCUUAUGGUGACAAACUUCUACGAAAUGCUAAACAUUGCGACUACGUUAGCAAGCUUCCCAGAAAGCAGCUUAAUUCCCUACUACAAAGAGUCAUGGACAGUAACAAGGAGAAUACCAGGUCACCAGAUCACACCCCCACACCCUCACCCAUUCACUCCUCACUCGCCGGCCUCCCCUCACUUACUGGCUUUCCUUUACUCACUACGCACACAUCACAACCAACACUCAACCAGGAGUUUGAAGAAGCUUUAGAUGAGCUCCUAGGGCCUGAAGAUGAUGAGGAUGUACUUGAUGUCACAAUACCAGAUAUUUCAGGUCUCCCGAGACCUUCAUCCCUCACAAACAACUCCAGUUCACUUCAGCCGUCUAGUAUAUCCAGUCCACUAGGCAAGCUGCCACCUCUCAGUCGAUUGCCCCCAUUAAAUCCCCUUAAAGAAAAGGAUAACAAUGUCUCUACAGUCAAGCAGCAUCUCAAAACAGAUUCUGCACCAGAAGAAAAUGAGAUUCCUGACUACAGUGCUGACUUCAACAGUGAGAGUGAAAAGAGCACAAUGGCAUCUCAAAAUAAGCCUCCCCCAGCCAAGGAUGACAAGAGUUUAAGCUUUGCAAUCGAAGAGCUAGACGAUGAUGACAGUCUCGCCCUGAGCAUAGAGGGGGAAAAUUUAGCAGGAGACCACCUAUUAGGUAGCUUCAGUGGUGAAGACUUCAGACUCAUGAACAUUGUUACCCCUCCUCCACAAAUGAAUGGAGUCCAGUCCAGUCCUGAUGAGGACCUCAAUAAAGCCAAUGAUGCCUACUUAGCUCAGAGAAAAGAAGAGAUGGAGUCGGUGUUCCAAGCUCAUCAGUCGAAACCAGGCGACCAAGACUAUGUCUACGAUAAAGAAUUGGACUUUGAUGCACCUAAAAUUGAAAGUGGAUGGGACUCUGAUGACUCUAUCUCUGAUUUUUAAAAUAGUUGUGUAUGUAAAUUGCCUUGAAUGCUGAUGUUCUGUGUUGCAUAGUUAUAA